UUGUUCUAGUUUCAAUACUAUUUCGUGUGUAUUUAAGCAUAUCGAUACUUUUCAUUUAUAUUUUUUUAUUUUUCAUUUAAUAGAAAGAUUUAAUAUAUAAUAAGUGAUUUGUUUGUUACUUAGCAUCUAUACGUUGUGAGAUAAAAAUGAAUUUUGAUCAAGAUUAUAAGAAGUGUUUGAUCUUACUUGUUUUAUCUCGAAGAGGUUAGGUUAUUAACAACAACAGAAAGAUGCGUUUUAUAAAUACUAUUUUUAUGAGAUGUAUACAUGUUUAUACUCCAUUGUUACGAGAGAAACCGAACAAUUUGAAAGGCAAAAAACAUAGUUCCCAAUUAUGGUUGAAAAGACAGUUGCGUGAUCCCUAUGUUGAGAUGGCCAAACAACAAAAUUAUAGAUGUAGAAGUGCUUUUAAAUUAUUAGAAAUAAACGAGAGCAAAAAGAUUUUCAACUUCGGAGAUAUCGUAAUAGAUUGCGGUGCUUCUCCAGGCAGUUGGUCUCAGGUUGCUGUCAAAUUAACCAAUGCGGAUGGUAAACAGGAUGGUUCCAUUGGGAAAGUUAUUGCAAUAGAUAGACUUUCAAUUUUCCCAAUAGAAGGUGCGACUGUUUUAGGAAAUAUGGAUUUUACUGCAUUAGAUACACACAGAAAAGUGUACCAAUUAUUAAAUGGAAUUAAAGCAAAUGUUGUUUUAUCCGAUAUGGCUCCUAAUGCUACCGGUGUACGGGAAUUAGAUCAUGAAAAUAUAAUGAAAUUGGCAUAUUGCGCUAUGAAGUUUGCUCUCCAAGUUUUAAACAAAGAUGGACUUCUUCUUGUUAAAAUUUGGGAUGGAUCUAAGUUAAUUCAAUUACAAAAUGAUUUAGCAAAAUUUUAUACAAGCAUCAAGAUAUGUAAACCUAAUGCAACACGUACCGAAUCCAGUGAAACAUUUGUUCUCGCAAGAGGUUUCAAAGGAUUGAAAAUAUCAUUUCCUAAUUCAUAAAAUAACAGACAGGCUAAAGAAAUGAGAGAACACAUUAAUUUUUUUUUUUGGAAUAAUAUCGUCUUAUCUUAUUGCGAUUGUUUCUACGCGCGAUGCAACAAAUGUAUUUAUACAAAUACAUUUGUUUACAGUAAAUUAUUGUAGAAUAUGUAAUAUACAUUGUUAUAUUUAGCCAUAAAUAAUACAAUAAUUGUUCAAUACAAUUACAAUUAAUACGUAUUAUGACAGUGUUCUUUUGUUUGUUCAUUAUUAAUACCAUAUAAUAUAUAUACACAAUUCUUUUAAUAAAGUUAAUAUUUACAUAAAUUGGCAUAUAAUAGAUAAGAAACAUUACACACCACAUUGAAACAUACAUAGAACAAUAAUGUUACCGACCACACUGUCGAGUGUCAUAUUUGUUUUAUCAUACGUGAUAUCACACGUAAAAGAGACAUAGCCAUACACGUUGAACAUUAUUAAAAGUAAAGUCUAGUAUUAAUUUCCAUUGGUCGUAUGUGUCUUUCGUAUAGGAUUAACUGUAUCAUGUGUGUUUCUUUGUAAAAAAAAAAAGAAAAAAAAAAAA